GAUAUACUUUGCCGGCUGUGUUUUUAGUUUUUGGCGAAGCAAUUUCAUUUUUUGAGACCAAAAAACAGAAGAACAAUGGCACUGAACAAAUUGGCAAUCGAUUCUCUGGAUUUAAAGGACAAGAGAGUCUUGAUGCGGGUUGAUUUCAAUGUCCCCUUGAAGGAUGGUAAAAUAACUAACACCCAAAGAAUUGUGGCAGCAUUGCCAACGGUGAAGCAUGCUUUAGAUAAUGGAGCAAAGAGUGUAGUGAUGAUGAGUCACCUCGGACGUCCUGAUGGGCGUCGCCAGGACAAAUACUCCCUCGCUCCUGUUGCUGCAGAACUAAAAAAUCUUCUUGGAAAAGAUAUUCAGUUUCUGAAUGACUGUGUCGGUGAAGAGGUGGAAGCUGCUUGUGCGAACCCUGCUCCAGGGUCAAUCAUUCUCUUAGAGAACUUACGUUUCCAUGUGGAAGAGGAAGGCAAGGGUGUGAAUGCUGAGGGUGUUAAGGUCAAGGCUGACAAGGAAGCUGUUGCAGCAUUUAGGGCCUCCCUUUCAAAACUUGGAGAUAUUUAUGUCAAUGAUGCGUUCGGCACUGCCCAUAGAGCACACAGUUCUAUGGUGGGCUGUGAGCUGUCUCAGAGAGCUUCAGGUUUCCUCCUGAAAAAAGAACUGACAUAUUUCUCCAAGGCCCUGGACAAACCAGUAAAACCUUUCCUGGCCAUUCUUGGAGGGGCAAAGGUGGCAGACAAAAUCCAGCUUAUAGAGAACAUGUUAGACAAGGUUGAUGAGAUGAUCGUAGGCGGUGGGAUGGCCUUUACCUUCCUUAAGGUCCUAAAAGAUAUGGAGAUUGGAAACUCGUUGUUUGAUGAAGAUGGAGCAAAGAUUGUUCAGAAACUUGUUGAUAAGGCAGCAGCAAACAAUGUGAAGAUCAUUCUCCCUGAAGACUUUGUAACAGGUGACAAGUUUGCGGAGGAUGCAGCUGUUGGUAAAGCUACUGUUUCAUCUGGAAUUCCUGCUGGACAUAUGGGCUUGGAUAUAGGACCAGAAUCAGCUACAUUAUUCUCUGAAGCAAUAGCAAGAGCUAAUACCAUCGUUUGGAAUGGUCCUCCUGGUGUCUUUGAGUUCCCUAACUUUGCUGAAGGGACAAAGACAGUAAUGAAUGCAGUGGUGGAGAGUACCAAGAGGGGAGCCACAACAAUCAUUGGUGGAGGUGACACAGCAACAUGUGCAGCAAAGUAUAAAACAGAGGACCAAGUCAGCCAUGUCAGCACUGGGGGUGGAGCCAGUCUUGAGUUACUGGAAGGUAAAGUUCUGCCAGGUGUGGAUGCACUAUCAGAUGCCUAGAUGUCCUCCAUUCUUCACAUUGUUGAACUUUGACCUCAAGAUAAUGAGAUUUUGCACAACCUAAAAGCUGUUCCAUGUUAAGGGCAAGAGAAUGCUUCUUCAUAACUUUUGUUCACAUGAUCAGUACACAUUCCUGGUGGAUAGUGAACAUGUGGAGAUGUAUGCAGAAUUUGCUUUAAUAUGGUAACCUCCAAGUUAGAAAGGCUUGGCUACCAGAUAGUUUAUAUUUGAAGUUAUCACCCAAAUGUUAAAGCUUGGAAGCUAGCUGGCAAGACUCUUUGUCAUCUUGCUAAAGACUCUUAGCUUUCAGCUAUUAUUUGAAUGCUUUAAACUCUUGGGUCACUGAAAAGUUUGUCACCAUAGGAAUACUGAGGGAAAUCACUGGUACCACUAAUUCCAUUCUGAAAUGUCAGGGUCUAAUCUAUUAUUAAUAUUACAGCUAUGAAAAACACUUUACUUGUCUUUUUAGGAGUAUUUGAAAAAGAUGUAUGGUUUAAGAAUUAGUAUUUAGUAUAAAUGGGUUUUUUUUUGCUUUAUUUUAGUUUAUUGAAAUGCAACACAAAUCGUCCAUGGCUGCUGAAUUUUUCAACAUGUAGCAAUUCUUGUCAUUUGUUGUAAAAUUUAUGUCUUUACUUUGGAUGUCUAUUAAGUACUGUCUUGGUUAAUAAAAGCACAACCAAUCUAAUCCUAUAUCCUACAGUUCCACCCUUGAUCUAUUCUGCAUGAGAGCAGGACUCCUGGAAGUAUGUCCAAUCCUAGAUCAUGUUUAUCAGACUGGAAAUUGUCAGAGUGAGCUUUUGGUGAUUUGGGUAAAUUAAAGUGUACAUUGGAGUGGCAUUAUCAAAAUUAAAAAAACAUCUGGUUGUCUGUAAUAAUUAAGUAAUAAUACAUCAAAUACUGUUAGAGAGUAACAGGUUCUGUUUCCUUGCUUCAUAUAUUUUAAAAGAGCAGUCAAUAGUUGUCAAGACACUCCCCUUACACAUAUACAGAAAUAAGUGCUAAAAGACUGUCAUUAGUACAUGCUGGCUGUUGUAUGGCAUAUGUUCUUUGCGGUUUUGACAGUAAAAAUUACCUCCCUUGAACCUUACCUGUCGUACACAACAGAUAGAGGUAUCCCUUGUAUAUCAUUGUAUAAAAUGAUACAGAUUUUGUCUUGUUUGUUUUGCUUAGUAUGUGUAUAUAUAAAAACAUUUAAAUAAUAAUUUAUUAUUUAUGAUGUCAUAUUAAAAUAAGAUAUCAAUAAAAUAUUCUGUCAUA